CCCUACAGAAUGGCACGACCUAAGGAAACGUAUUGGUACGCAUGAUGUGCGGUGUUUGGUUUGGGUGUUUUGUUUCCGGGGUUUGCAGUCUGGUAACCUGGGCCAGCGUAGUCACCGGAGCCGCCUACACAAGUUGCUAGGGCGGAGGAACUCCCGCUAUGGAGGGGACCUGACACCCACAGAACGUCCCCAACAAUCUAGGAGGGCCACAGAUUAAAACAUGUUGAUCGUCCAAAGAUGAAAGAAGCUUAAAAACUGAUUGAGGACUUCCAAACCACCCAUCAGCCAUGAAUGAGGUGGAUGAACAGGGGUGGGGGCAUGUCCACCACGCUGCCUUUAACGGCUACGUAAAGUCGGUGGAACGUUUUGUCACCGCGAUGGAGGACCAGUUGGAGUUUACGACGCAGGAUAACCUGCACUCCACGCCGCUGCUCUGUGCCACCAUGUCUGGAAACAUCGAGAUGAUACAGAAACUCUUGGACCUCGGUGCACAGAUAGACUACAAGGAUAACAGGAACCAUGGUGUGGUGGAAAUCGCUGCUACCAAGAACUUUGUGGAAACGCUGGAAUUUUUCAUCAAGCUGGACAACCCAAAACUGCCGGUCUGGAAAAACCUCAUCAAGUUUCUGUCAUCAUCAGAGGAUGAAGAAGCAGAGGCGGCUGGGAAGGUCUUGAGAAUCCUGACGACUGCAACGCAAGACGGACCCAGCCCCAACCUCGAACCGUUCGUGGACUCUGACGGCGUGCUCGCAAUCGUCAAGGUGAUUACAGGCUUCGUCGGAGAGGAGGCCAAGAUUCAGGCUUUCAACGUCCUGGUGAACAUCAUCGAGAACGAUCGGGUAAAGCAGCAGGUAUUGAAGGGAGGGGGCAUCCCGCCUUCUGUUAAACUCUUAAAGACUGAAAACAAAGGGUUGCUCUUUCCCCUGCUUAUUGUGCUCAAGGAGCUGUGUAAGGAAAAGCAGUACGCGGACCCAGUUGUUGCAAACGGUGCCAUCCCGGCGAUCGUCAAAGUGUGCCAAACGGUCAACGACAAUGACGUUUUCGUCCAGGCGAUCGACGCGUUGGGAAACAUUGCGGAGUCGGAUCCCGACCAUCGAACGACCGUAGGCGGCACUCCAGGACUCUUCUCCACCCUCGUAAACCUGUUUGAAGACUGUACGUCAAAAGCCUUGGUCCUCUCGCUGACCAUGGCAAUUGGUAAGAUGGUCAGAGGGGACAAGAACAACCAGGAGAGGUACGUCAACGAGUACGGGGCUUCUCCGCUCAUCAUGCUGGUGAGGGUUAGAAACAAGGACAUACAACUCAGUGCCAUCGAAGCCUUGUACUGCUUAGCUGACGGUAAUGACUUUGCCCAGAAGGCUAUCCUAGAGGAGGGAGCGGUCAUGCCACUGAUACAGCUUCUAAAAAGGACACGGGCGCCGGAUGUUCAAGAGAUGUCCGCCAUGGCUUUGUGGGCUCUCGCGGGGGAUGAUCUGAAUGAGAGACGAUCGAUGGCGGGGAUGAUGGGCGUUCCGCUUCUGAUCGAGUUCGUCACGUCGUUGUCGGAAACGCUCCACUACAUCGGCGCGGAGGGCCUGGCAGUGCUCGCGCAGGGCCCGCACAGCAAAGCGACGCUGAUCGGUCACGCGAACGGCGUCCAGCCACUGGUCAGGCUGCUGAAGUCGGACAAGGAGUACAUCGUUGCGUGCGCGAUGAACGCUAUCCGCCAUCUUUGCGUGGGGACGGGCUACGUGCCUCACCCGAAGAACCAGGCGACGGUCCAGCAGGCGAGAGGCAUCAAGUCCCUCAUCGCGCUGAUGGUCAACUCCAGGAACGAACUCAUCCAGGUGCAGGCAGCCUUGACUCUGGCAUGUGCUGCUUUAGCGAACAAAGAAAACGAAGAGCACAUCGCAGAGAACCUGGACUUCAGCUUCAUCCACAUCCUGCGGCUGCUGUACUCGGAGAACGAGCAGGUAAAACUGCUGGCGGGAGAAGCUCUGGCGGCGUUCGCCUUCAACAACGUGGCUCAGCAGCGGGAGAUCGCGGAGUCUGGCGGGGUGCGCAUGCACAACUUCCUCACCUUCCUGGAGUCGAAGGACGAGUACUGCCGGUGCUCGGGGGCAUUCCAGAUCGUGGUCCUGGCGAGAAUCGUACCAGAUGAAGACCAGGCGUCCUCCUCUGCCAUCGGUAUCAAGCUGCUGGUGGACCUGCUGGAGUUCUCCCAGAAGGAACAGAUCCAGGCUCUCACAUGCGAUUGUCUCGCAAGACUGGCUCAUACCAGAGCAGGAGUUCCGGCGGCCAUAGUGUCCAUCAACGGUGUGGAGCUGCUGUGUCGUCUGAUGAUGUCACAGACCGAGCAGGUUCGGUACUGUGCUGCCGUCGCGCUGGGAUAUCUCACCUUUGACCACACGGCAGAAAGGCAGCUGCUAAGAAGAUGUCGAGAGCAGCCUUACCUGGUGAAGGUUCUUCUGUACCACACCAGAUAUGGGAAGAUAUCACCUUCCUUCCUGGAGGGGUGGAACCACUGCAAGCGCAUCGGACUUCCCCCGAUACCAGAAAAGCCAAAGUUCAUCACAGCCAAAGACAGUAUAACUUACCUGUCAAGUAUCAAGGAGCAGCCGCCACAUGCCCGUCCCCUGACCAUCCUGAGCAUGGGCGCCGACACUGCGACGGGAGAGACGGCCACGACCAGCCGCCACCACAGCUCCCCGCUGGGCCUGUUCCGUGACGACCGCACGGCCACCAACGUCACCGGUCGGUCCUCCCGCGUCUCACGGGCCACCGCGACCUUUCCACAGAACACGCCGCGCUCCGAGGCCGACAUCACGCCCGCCGAGACGCCGAAGAACGAGGACGCGCCCAUGGCAGUGCAGGAUGGGUAAUCUCCAAGCAGAUGUUGGGGGAGAAAAUCAUGCUAAAUUUUUUUUUUUCUGGCUGCCCGGUCUUCUCUGACCCUCGGCCACAACU